AUGAUGCUGUCUCCACAGCUGCACAAAAUCUUAGCAGUAGCUAUUUUCCUGCUCCCAUUCUGUGCUCAGGGUAAACCUGCAGGAUUUCUUUCAAAGUUCUCUUUCAAGCCUUUUUAUGGAGAUAGGAGCAACAAUGAACAACAAAUACCAGAUCUCACACAACUGGCUUGUAAUGAACAUGGGGAUGCUAUCCAUCAAUUAGAACAUCGGAUUUCCAGACUGGAAGGAGUCCUUCAUUUGAACAAGAUGAUAACAGAGUCUGGAGGAAAAAUCUUUGCUACCAAUGGAAAAACAGCCAAUUUCGAUGCUACAGUGGAAAAAUGUAAAGAGGCUGGAGGCUCUAUUGCUGCUCCAAAGAGCCCUGGCGAGAAUGAUGCCAUUCUGUACUUUGUGAAAUAUUUUAACACCUACGCCUACCUGGGGAUAAAACAAUCCCUUGUUCCAGGAAGAUUCCAGUUCCUGAAUGGUGCUCAGCUGAGCUAUACUAACUGGUAUCCAAAUGAACCUUCUGGCAAAGGGGAGGAGGAAUGUGUGGAGAUGUACACUGAUGGCACUUGGAAUGACAAAAAGUGCAGCAAGAAUCUCCUUAUUGUCUGCCAGUUUUAGUGCUUCCCUUGCUGCUCUCUGGAAUAUGCUUCCCUAUAACUUCUGUCUUCCUUUGUAGCUAGUAAACUUAGAUAAUGCAGCAUGAAAAAAUAAAAUACCCUCUUUCCCAGUCUGAUUUGUCUUUUAAACAAAUGCCAGCCAUGAAGAGGAAAUUGUAUAAUAAAAGCAGAGGCUAUUUUUUCUGUUUGUU